ACGUCAUUAUUCUACGACCCUCUCUCCCGCGGAGGAGAGGCCGCGCGCGCACACGAUGGAGCAGUUGGCUUCCGAGCUGUACGAGGUGGAAGCGGUGCGCUUCGGGGAGUUUGUGCUGAAGAGCGGGCUCGUUUCCCCGGUCUACGUGGACCUGCGCGUCGUCGUCUCAGCCCCAGCUCUGCUUAACAAGGUAGCAGAUCUUCUCUUUCAAGUAGCAAAGAAUGCUGCACUCAAGUAUGACUGUGUAUGUGGAGUUCCUUAUACAGCAUUGCCAUUGGCUACAAUCAUCUGCUCAAACAAACAGAUCCCAAUGCUUAUCCGUAGGAAGGAAGCCAAAGAUCAUGGUACUAAACGCCUUGUGGAGGGCACAAUAAAUGCAGGAGAAACCUGCUUGGUAAUUGAAGAUGUAGUUACUAGUGGCUCAAGUGUCUUGGAGACAGCAGAGGUCCUUCGGAAAGAGGGCCUGAAGGUUACUGAUGCCAUAGUGCUCUUGGACAGAGAGCAAGGAGGAAGAGCCAUGUUGGAGAAGAAUGGGAUUCAGCUGCACUCGGUAUGUACCUUGUCUCAGAUUCUCAGGAUCCUUGAGCAGCAACAGAAAAUAACACCUGGAAUAGUGGCAAGCGUGGAAAAAUUCAUUCAAGAGACACCUGCAAUAGUGGCAAAUGUGGAAAAAUUCAUUCAGGACAAUAUUGUCAAACCUUCUGAGCAAAAUGGAACUGUUUCUAUGAAAAGAAUAUGCAAAGAAAUGAGUUUUGCUGCCAGAGCUGAGCUUCCAGGUACCCAUCCACUUGCUGCCCAGCUGUUCAGACUCAUGGAGAAAAAGCAGACAAACCUGUGCCUUUCUGCUGAUGUCACCAGCUCCAAGGAAUUGCUCCAACUGGCUGCUAUGCUGGGGCCCUCCAUCUGUAUUUUGAAAACACAUGUUGAUAUUCUGGAUGAUUUUUCCCAGGAAGUUGCAAGGGAAUUGAGAGGACUUGCAGAGCAGCAUGAAUUCUUGAUAUUUGAGGACCGUAAGUUUGCAGAUAUUGGAAAUACUGUGAAACAUCAGUAUGAAGGUGGCAUUUUCAAAAUAGCAUCCUGGUCAGAUAUCAUUAAUGCCCAUGCAGUUCCUGGUCCAGGAGUCAUUAAAGGAUUGAAAGCUGUAGGACACCAUUUGCAACGAGGAUGCCUCUUGAUUGGUGAGAUGAGCUCCGAAGGGUCUCUGGCGACUGGUGACUAUACUAAAGCAGCAGUUAAGAUGGCUGAAGAACACUCAGAUUUUGUUUUCGGAUUUAUCUCUGGCUCCAGAAUAGUUGAAAAACCUGAAUUUCUUCAUUUGACUCCGGGGGUUCAGAUGCAGACUGGAGGUGAUAACCUGGGGCAGAAGUACCUGAGUCCACAAGAUGUUAUUGGUAAAAGAAAAUCUGAUAUCAUAAUUGUAGGACGUGGUAUCUUGUCUGCAUCCAGUCGCCUGGAGGAAGCAGAGGCAUAUAGGAAGGCAGCAUGGAAUAGUUACUUGCAAAGGAUUGGUGUUAAUGUACCAAAUUAAGCCAAGUAUUAAAUAACCUUGCUUAACUGAAUCAUAACAGCUAGAGAAAUUGAGGUGGUAAUUCUUUUUUCUUUCUCUUUGUGUAUAUUGAUAUCUGCCAAUGAGAGAUGUCUUUUAAUAAAUGCAUACAUUGUUUUGUCAUGUUGACAGUGAAUUAAAACACCAGGUUUUCCUGUUCACCUGCUCUUAGCACUGUAUUCCUGUGUGUUUGUUUAAUAAAAACACUCCAAAUGGCAGUA